UCAUGCUAGUGUAUAACAAAAAGUGAGUUUAUUUUUUUUUUUCAAAUAAAUAAACAAACAACAACUUUUACUAUUACACAUUAUCAAAUUAUACCAAAUAUAUAUCAUCAUUGUUGGUCUAAUCAGUCAUGUCGAUAAUAUCAAAAGAUUUACUACAUCCAUUCAAUACUACUGAAGUGAUUCAUAAUAAGGAAAACAAUGAAAGUUUCAUCUUUGAAGAUAACGCGUUUGAUAAUCAUAAACAACCACAACAAAUACAAUUCAAUGAUAUCAAACUAGAGAAUAAUAAAGAUAUAGAUGAUCUGAAUAGAAUCACUUCUAAGAGAGGUCCUUCUACGCCUUUGACUCCUUCGUUACAACAACAGAAUAUCGUACGGAGAAGAAUCAUAACUCAAUCUCCGAUAAAAUCAAAUUCAAGAUCAAAUACUGAUAAUCAUUCAAAUGCUGUUAAAUAUCAAUUGAUAGAUUCAAAACUUGAAAAUUGGCAAUUGCAUAAAGCUUUGACUAAAACUAAAGAAACCAUCAAGUUCUUACAAUUGGAACAAGAGUUUUCUGAAUAAAACUUAUCAUCUAUUGCAUAUCCUUUCAUUUCAAUUCAUUCUGCAUAUU